CCCAAAUGAUGAGUGACGGAACAUGAAAUAACGAAGUCGACAACAACAGUUUUCAGGCUCUUUGAUCGACUGCAACACAGCAUAAACACUCCCACACACCCCAGUUCGUACCCAGAGUCAUGAGUUUCCUUCGCUAGCCACAAAUGAGGCGUUCGUGCGACAGUCGUCCCUGUCAGUCUCAGAGGUUCUCGCAGCGUCUCCUGUGCGUGUGGCAGCUUGCCUGCAGCCCCUGUUGCGGGAUGAAAGCCAAGUGGUGGAGCUGCGUGUUGGCGCUGCUCUGCAUGCCUGCCGAGGUGAUGCCGAACACCCGGCCAGCUCCCCACAGACCCUUGACCAUUUCCAAUGUGUGGAUCAAUUCGUCACUUGAGAUCAAAUGCUCUGCACCCCAACGAAACCCUAUUGGCCUCUCUCUAAAACGGCGCUUCCUUGGAGAUGAGCAGAUUCUGUACCUCCACUUUGACAAUGAAUUUCCCAAGAACACUACAACUAAUACAUUUGAAAACAGAAUUAGCAUAACCAAAGAGCAGCUGGAUGAAGGAGUCAGGUAUAAGUUUAAGCUGUCCCUUCUGGAGCUGAAAGACACAGACUUGUAUUACUGUAUUUGGGACUACAUUGAAGAAUCAUACAAUAACUUUAACUUGGAGAGCGAUGGGAUUGUCAUCAUUGUCAGAGAGGGCGGCCCUGAGAAAGCAUGCAGCGUCCGCACCGUAGAUCUGACCCUGAUCUGCCUGAGCAUCGUGGCAUUUACCAGCAUAUUUCUGAUGUUCAUCUGCCUGAUGAUCGUGAGGUGCAGGAGGUUUAAGAAGAACUUCACGCCUUUCAGAGGUUACGCCCCUCCCUUGCCUCCGAGACCCUCACGGCCUUCACAACCCCCCAGACCCAACCAGCCUCGGAACAUCUACAUGCAUCAGCAGCAGACUGUCGAUCACUGCCCCUAUAUGAUGACAUCCACACACGACUAUGGCAUCUUUGGCAAUCUGUGAUGCUAAGCGCUGAUACGAACUGAUGAUAAAAUCAAAUUUUUGCAGCAAGGGCAGCUGAAAAGCACUCUGGCUGGAAAUAGUUAGCGGAACUGGUUAGCUUUAUGCAGUGCCUUUCACUUCCUUGACAUCUAAUUUACCGUUUUUGUCUGCAGAAAUGUGUCUCAGCUACCACAUCCUGGAUGAAGCGAGAAUGUACAGGUGUGUGUGCGUGUGUGUGUGUUUGUGUGUGAAAGAGCAUGCUUUGUUUGUGAUGGAAAUCUGCAAAGUUAGCUAUGUUUCCAUUUCUGCUUGUUGUGCAGGUUUCCUUGACCCAUUAAGAAUUCAAAUGUACUUCAGACUCU